AUGUCACCUUCGUUAAAAUAUUCUAAUUCAGAAAAGACUUUACAAAAUGGUUUAAAUCAUAGUCAAAUUCAUUCAACAGCUGGUAUUGAUUUUAUUGCAUUCAAAACAGAUACUCCAGUUCGCAUGCCACCGUUUCUCGUUGGUGUUUAUCGAUGGGAUAAUUGGCGUUUAAGUGAAAUCUUAUUGAGGACUAACAUAACUGUUAUGGAUGUCACUCAAUCGAUCUUUAUUAUUCAUCAACAGCGAAAAAAACUCGAAGGCCAGAAACCUGAACCUCACGCACGUCGGCGAGGUGCUGUUUACAACGAUGUGCUAGCGAAGAAUAUAUCGGGAGAAGAUUAUAAAGUUGGCUUUAUUAAUAAUGCUAAUCAAAUACUCUCUGGAAACUGCGAACAAAGCCAAUGUACAUUCAAAGACAAUUUGGACCGAAGCCAGAUUGUUCUACUUAAACAAAGGACAAAUGCACAAAAGUAUACAGCGGUACUUACAGUUACCAGUGGAUAUAUGCCGCUCGCAUGGAAUUGGAUCUGUUGGUCGAAAAGAAUUGGAUUUCGUAACUACAUUUUACUUGCUGAAGAUUUGGAAGCGUACAAAAUACUAAGAGCCGCCAAUGAACCUGUGUUCAUAUCGAAAGAGCAGUCGUUGAAUACUUCUUCAAAGCCAGAAGCUAAAUAUGGUUCAUACGCUUUUCAGAUUACUAUGAUGUAUCGUCUUGAAUUCCUCAUGCGUGUGCUUCGAGCAGGUUUUCACUUUCUCAGUGCAGAUAUGGAUACUCUUUGGCUUUCUAAUCCAUUCAAUUAUAUUUCACAUGACCUAUCAAUCACAAUUCAAGGUCAAACACACAAACAAACAAAAAUGAGCGGAGGUUUUAUUAUUAUCCAUGCCACUUCAAAAGGUCGCAAAUUGUGGCAAGACGUAAUCAAAUGCCAGAAUCAGAAUCUUGUAGACUUGCGAGAGCAACAACAUCUCAAGCGUAAACGUCCAGCGAGCGAUUUCACAGAGCAAGAAUGUAUUAACAAUAGACUUAAUACCACCACAAUUAAUUUGCUCGAUCCAUAUCUUUUUCCUGACGGACGAUCUUUCUUUGAUCUACAUCGACCGCAAAGUCGAGGGAUUGUUCCCGUGGUCAUUCAUGGCAACUGGCUUGUAGGAUUGGAGGCAAAAAUAAAACGAUUACGGUCAUGGAAUCUUCUAGCGAGCACAGGUAGUUCAUGUGACCCAUUGGAAAAUGGUAUACCUUAUUCUCUAUCCAAGACGAGUAAUCCUGUUCGCAUUCGUAUUAGAAUUCUCGCAUACAAUCGACUGCAAAGUCUUCAACGACUACUUGAAAGUCUUCAAGCAGCUAACUACUUGAACGAUUCUGUGGCACUAGACAUUUCUGUUGAUCGACCUUCCUCAGCAGCUGGUUCAAGUGAAAAAGAACAAUGGAAACAAGUUAUGGAGUAUGUUGGUGAUGGUGAGACGCAUCCAUCAAAAUUAAAGUAA